GAUGAACAGUCCAUUGAUGACUACUGCCGCCGCCUGAAGACGUUGGCGGACGAGCUCCGUGACAUUGGAGCCAAGGUGGACGACGACCUCCUCCUCAGCACGCUCACCGCCGGCCUCAACGAGGACUUCGGCAACGCCGCCUCUAACCUCACCUUGAUGCCGGAGCCCUCCUUCCCCAAGUUUGUGGCGUACUUGAGGCUGGAGGAGCGCCGGAUGAAGGGGGUCAAGAAGCGUGUGCAGCACCACGCCCUCGCUGCCGGCACCUCCCGCGGCGCCCCUCCACCGACCGCCCCACCCGCGCCGCGCCAGCAGCCGCCGCCACCAGCGCCUCCGGGGUACUUCCCCCUCCCGCCAGCGCCUCCCGCCCUUCCCGCUGCCCCCCAGCAGCCGGGUGGCGGGCGCCGCGGCAACCGCCGCGGGGGCGGCCGCAAGCAGCAACAGGCGCCAGGGGGGGGGGGGCGUCAGCAGCAGCAGGUGACUCCUCCAUGGACGUACGGCACCAACCCGUGGACCGGCGUCGUCCACGCCUACUCCAUGCCGGUCCCUCGGGCUCCGGCUCCGGGCAUCCUUGGGCCCCGCCCGGCGGGUCACCAGGCCCUCUUCGCCGCGCCGAACGCCGCUCCCUACAGCGGCUAUGGUACCGCGCCCCCGCUGGCGCCCGCCUACGGGUCCGCGCCCUCCUACGGCGCCGCUGCUGCUCCGGCCUUCGGGGCUGCUCCCGCGCCGGCCUACGGAGGGUUCUACCCUCCUCAGGCGGCGCCGCCGCCGUGGGACCCGGCCUUGCUCGCCGCACUGCACUCCGCCCCGUCACCGAGCUCCUAUGGUGGCGGUGGUGACUGGUACAUGGACUCGGGCGCCACUGCUCACAUGACUGCUCAUCCCGUCACUAAUCUUGUUUCCGUUCGUCGCCUUACUCAUGAGAAUCCUAUAACUAUUGAAUUUGACAAUAUCGGUUUUUCUGUGAAGGACGCCCGUACACGGAUGGUGCUCCACCGAUGUGAUAGCCCGGACGAGCUUUAUCCAGUGCAUCCCUCCGGCGCCACCACCCGUCGCCCCGCCGCCUUCGCCGCCAGUUUGUUGCAUAGUGAUGUUUGGACGUCCCCGGUUGCUAGCAACACGGGCUAUUUAUACUAUCUGGUGAUAUUGGAUGAUUUUACUCAUUAUGUGUGGACCUUCCCUCUCCGUCGCAAGUCCGACGCUCUUGCCACACUCACCGCCUUUUAUUCAUAUGUCACCACACAGUUCGGUCGUCCUAUUCUCGCCUUGCAAACUGACAACGGCAAGGAGUUUGACAACGUCGCCGUCCGCAAUUUACUUGCGUCCCACGGCACCAUCUUUCGCCUCACCUGCCCCUACACGUCUCAGCAGAAUGGUCGCGCCGAGCGCGUCCUUCUCACGCUUAACGACUGUGUCCGCACGUUGCUCUUCCACUCCUACGUGCCUACUCGGUUCUGGCCGGACGCGCUCGCGACCGCCAACCUCCUCAUUAACAUUCGCCCUUAUCGUUCCCGCUGGAACUACACCCCUCACCAGCUCCUCUUCG